ACUCGCUAUUAGCAAAACUUAAAGCGGCAUAUUCACAUUGAAAGAUGUUACGUGCACACUGCGAUUAGGUAUGCAACAAAUAGCUCGAGUUCACCAUACUUUGAAGAAAUGCGUGCCACAUUGGAGCGAAGUAAACAAAACCUUUUUCGGGGUCAACAUUUUAAUUCUGAAACUGGCCGGAUUAUGGGUGCCCGACCAAGGCGAAGGUUUCGCAGAGCGCUGUUUCUACUGGUUUUAUUUCGUGGCAUUAAAUGGUUUUUCGCUGGGAAUCUUUUUGCCGUCCGAGUUCCUGUCGUUUGGACGAUCGAGACAUAGAUUGUCCGAUGUGAUUAAAAACGCGAGCGUGGCCUUCACGCAUCUACUUGGCGGUAUUAAGGUAUUAGUCUGGCUGAAGAGGAGGAAGAUUAUUCUUCGAAUGAUUGAGGAGCUUGAAGCGGAAGCUCUACAGUAUGACGAUAUUGAUGACUUUCAGCCUUUAAAAACCCUUCUAGAGGAGAAGAAGACUAAGAAUAUUACGACUAUUGGAUUUUUCGGUUUGGCCAGUUGUGUGGUGAUAACGGGAUUUUUAGGAACGACAGCGAUUAUGCUCGCCGAUUAUGAGCGUUAUGAGGAAAUCACGCUGGAUGCUAAUAAUGUUACAACGUAUAGAUACACCCAGCGAUUACCUUACUGGUCGUGGAUGCCGUUUGACUCCUCUUUAUCUCGAAGCCGGUUCUUUUGGGGUGUCGUUUACAACUGUGUCUCGCCCCUACAUCAAUGUUGGUUAAUUUCAGGAAUGGAUACUCUCUUCACCGCCCUCGUAAGCAACAUUGGAAUGCAGCUAACAAUUUUGCGGGGAGCGUUUAAAACCAUAAGAGCGAGAUCGGUCAGGUCGUUAGAGACGGUGAAUAAAAAGUACUCACGAAAUCCGGAGUUGGUCAAUGAAGUAAUGGAAAAGGAGAUGAAGAAAUGCGUUAAACACCUUCAGCUGAUUUUUGAGUGA